CCUCGCCAGGCCCUCUUCACGUGACAAGCGCCACGUGGGAAGGGGCGGGCUCGUUUCCCUUUCACGCAUCCUGGCUGUUGGGCUGCUUCUUCCUGGAGGAGGGAAGCUUUUCCCACUUGGCUGCAUCAGACUGGGUCUGCACAGGGGGAGGCCAAGGGACUCUUUGGUCCCUUCUCCAACACUCAUGGAGCCCCCAGGAUCGGAAGAGGCCAGUCCCGUGUCUGCAGAUACCAGAACACACUUCAAAGUCUGCAGGUUCAUUAUGGAGGCAGGUGUGAAGUUGGGCUUGCGCUCCAUUCCCAUUGCCACAGCUUGUACCAUAUACCACCGGUUCUUUAUGGAAGUGCCUCUGGAGCCAUAUGAUCCCUACCUGGUUGCCAUGGCUGCCCUCUACCUUGCUGGGAAGGUAGAAGAGCAGCACCUGCGGACAAGAGACAUUAUUAAUGUGAGCUACAGGUACCUGCACCCCCGGAGUGAGCCCCUUGAGCUGGAUACCCAUUUCUGGGAGCUAAGGGACAGCAUUGUCCAGUGUGAGAUGCUCAUGCUACGGAUGCUCUGCUUCCGUGUCUCUUUCCAGCACCCUCAUAAGUACCUUCUCCACUACUUACUCUCCCUGAAGCACUGGAUGAACCGGCACAGUUGGGACCGGACUCCGGUGGCAGUCGCAGCAUGGGCCCUUUUGCGCGACAGCUACCACGGGCCCCUGUGCCUCCAGCAUGCCCCCCAGCACAUUGCUGUCACCGUCCUUUACCUCGCUUUGCAGUGUUAUGGGGUGGAAGUGCCAGCCGAAGGGGAAGCAGAGCGGCCUUGGUGGCAGGUGUUCAGUGAAGAUAUCUCCAAGAGCAUCAUUGAUCAGAUUGUCUUGGACUUGAUCAAGAUCUAUACUUUGGAUGCUGAGAUUGCCUAGGUGCAUCAAAAAGAGAAAGCCAAGUGACUCAGUGUUCCCAGCUGAACUGACUUCAACCUGGGAUUGAGAUGCUGACAAGUUGACUUCACAUCUGAAGGGACUGGCACCACAAUCAGUAUCUUGCAUCCCUUCGAGCUGUCCAACUGAUUAGGAUCAGGUUUGGAUUGGCACCCAUGCCUUGGUGGAGGUGGGACAUUCCUAGUUUGUGCUGCCGCUGCAUAAACUCUGAUUCCUAGUCCAUUUACAGCCAAGAAUAAACUUCUUGUCCAGCAACUUGUAAUACUGGAUUCAGAAUCGGAGGGUACAUGAUAUAAGGAUAGGAGCUCUGUUUACAUCUACUGGUUCACACUUAUUACAGGGGAAAUGUGCUGCAAGAUUAUUUUUCCCACUUCUAUUUCCUGGAUUAUCCCCCCACCGCCCUUGCUUUCCUGGUCUUGAUGCUGCUGUGAGUGUGACACAACCAGGUCAAAGUAUAGUAAAUCCUACAAGAGCUUUCAAGGCAGAGAUCAAGACCACUGAUAUUAUUUCUGUAGUAAAUGGCGGAAAAAUGGAAUCUGUGUUGAAGUGCUGUUUUUGGUUUUCUGAUGUUUUCUGACUCCAGUGAUGUGACAUGUUCAGAGAAGUAUCAAGUUGAAUAGAUACAAUUCCAUCUGUUUGCCUGUAUGUUUUGUGGAGUCAAAGGCUUAGUCAGGUAUCUGUGCAGCCCUCCAGUUACUGUUGAAAAUAUUGCCCGUCAUCCUUGCCAACACAUUCAGUGUUGAGAGUCAUGGGAGUUGCAUUUGGAGCCUAGUUUUCCUGUGCUGGAUUAAGCCAGACAUAACAUUUUCUGUGGUCCAUUCUACAGACAAGAAGCCAAGUUGCCAACUCAAACACUGUAGAAUUAAUUCAGUUUGACACCUCUUUAACUGCCCCUGAAUGUGAUUUCUAGGAAACUGUUUCCCUUCCCUACGUUUUUGAAAGUGUGAUUGUGGUUAGCAAGUAUCCCACAGAUAGGUUUAUUGGUGAACUCAGGGUGACUAAAACUCACUACGAGGCAUUUGCCUGGUGAUGCUCUUGGGCGUGCUAUCAUACAAUGUAUGGAGUGGCCUUGGGCUUCUGCCAGGAAUUGCCCAUAUAUUUUCAAGUUGUUGUAGUCAUGAUAAUUGGAAACUUAAAUCUGGUAUUCUAUCAGUAUUCCUGGAAUACCUGGCAAAGUUAUGAUUAAAGUUACAAUUUGUUAUAUAUGAGAAGAGAACAACUAUAAUGGCAAUAAACUAUGCAAAAUUUUGAAUUCUUCAGAACUCUUCAUCAGUCUGAUAGUACAACUCCACUACUAUUGGGUUAAUUUCACUUGGUGAAGAGCUCCGAAGAAUUAAAAAACAUGCUUACUUUUUUGUCGCAUGUUGACAGUCCGAUAAAGAUAUUGCCCAAGUAUGGACCUGAGUGUUGUUGGGGUUUUUUUUGGGCUAGCAGAGUUCUCUUAGUUUCUAUAUUUGAGAGCAAGGAGCCAGAAGUUGUGGCCUUUUCCACUUUUUCAGUGAAAUUCUCUAUAUGUUUACUUGAGACAAAGUCGCACUACAUUCAGUGGAGUUACUUCUGAAAAGAUUCAUUUCACAUUUCACUGGUAAUUUUGGGAAACCAUGCUAAGGGGCUAUAGGACACAGGUUUAUAACCAUAGGUACCUUAGUGAUAAACUAAGGAAAGUAUGUACAUUUUUAAAACACCGAUGCUCAGUUUAAUCAAAUUACACUAAAAGAGAGUGGGUUCAGUUAAAGAAAGUGUGUAUUCUGUGAGAACAGUCCAGAGUUACGGACAAGAUAGGUUCUAUAGGUUUGUUCUUAAGUUGAAUUUAUAUGUAAGUCAGAACAGGUACAUUUUUUAAGUGUAACUCCAGCCAAAACUUUUUAAUGGAUCACAUAGGGUUAACACUCCUGCAAGGUUUCUUUUGUUGUCUGUUCCAUUGUUCAGAAGAUUUCACCUCUGUAUUUGUGACAAUUGGAGUUUGAAAAUUUUGGCUUGUUGGGGAAACAAGCAUUCGUGCUAAAGCUUCACUGCUACGCCUUUUCUUCAGGAUAACUCGUCCAGGUGUGACUUUCCCUUCCUAGGGGUAAAUUUCCUCUCAUUCCUAUUGUCUCACCCCCAUUCUUAACUAUGAAUUGUAUGUAAGUUUGAUGUCUGUACCUUGGGGAAUGCCUGUACAUAAUAAUUAUUAUCAAUUCAGUUUUCUUGGGAUUUUUUUAAAGGACUAAGUAAAUUCCCUAGAGGCUAGAUCUCUGCUGCCCCUUAGCUUUACUUGCUAAAUGGACGUUAGAAAGGUUCCUUUCUGUCUUUUCUCAUACUUCUCAGCUUCCUUGGGCAUUUGUCUGGCUAGUAGCAGGAGACAAAAUAUCAGAUUUAGAUCAUGGUGGGGAGAUGAAGUUCUCCUGGUAUAACUGGGCUGCAGUUCCCAGCAGCCACAGCCAGUGAUGAGGAAUGCUGAGAGAUGAGUUCUAGCCACAGCUGAAGGGUUUCUCAACCUUGGGUUCAUUGCAUCUUUCACUUUAGGAACCCACAAGGUCAUUGUUGGUUGCUGUUAUUGUGUGCCUAUAAGUUACUUCUGAUCUAUGGCGACCCUAAAGAUAUCAUGGAGCUUUCCGGGGCUGAGAGUGUGAUUCCCACAGUAUCACCAGGGCCCUUCCACACAGCCAUAUAACCCAGAAUAUCAAGGCAAAAACAAAAAAUAACCCAGAAUAUCUGCUUUAAACUGGGUUAUCUGAGUCCACACUGCCAUAUAUUACAGUUUAAAGCAGGUAAUGUGUGAUUUUAUUCAGCUGUGUGGAAGGGGCCCCAGUGGGUUUCCAUGGCUGAGUGAGGAAUCGAACCCUGGUGGCGCAGCGGAUUAAACUGCUGAGCUGCUGAACUUGCUGACCAAAACGGUUCAAAUCUGGGGAGUGGGGUGAGCUCCUGCUGUUAGCCCCAGCUUCUGCCAACCUAGCAGUUCAAAAACAUGCUAAUGUGAGUAGAUUAAUAAGUACCACUCCAGCAGGAAGGUAACGGCGCUCCAUGGAGUCAUGCUGGCCACAUGACCAAGGAGAUGUCUAUGGACAACACUGGCUCUUCUUCUGAGAAAUGGAGAUGAGCACCAACCCCCAGAUUUGGACAUUAGGCUUAAUGUCAGGGUAAAACCUUUACAUAACCUUUACCUUUAUGAAUGGGUGCCUUACAGAGAUAGGAAGAAAGCAGAGAGUAGAAAUCUCAGUUUUUUUUAAAAAAAAAAACAGAGUUGGCAUUGAUGAUACACUCUUUUGUUUCCAAUACUCAGUUUCCCUUCAUUUUCCCCUGACUUCCCUAUCAUUUGCUUAAAUCUCAUUGAUCUGUUUUUCACAUCUCUACUUCCCUCCAAUUCCUCGCUCCUGCCACAGUUAAUAUUUUAUUUAUAUUUCUACAAAUGUUCCCAAAUCUGCUCUAGCUCUGUCUUGUGGUAUGGAUGUUUUGGUUGUAUGACACAUGGAAAUGCUGAUCCGUCCUACACAUUUAAAUGUCUUCAUAAUCAGUGUUUUGCCUAAGAGAGCACUAACUAAACCAUGACUUAUCCCCCUCAUUUUUUGUUUGUUUCUCUCAUCUCUUUUAAUCAUUUUCUGACUCAGGCCAUGGACAAGCUUUGAAUAUAAAAAGUAGCCAUGGUUUAAACAAAUCACAGGAAACCUCAGUUUUACAGUGUGGCAUGUAACUGAUUAGAAACACAUCUGUUAUUAGCAGUAGCAGAUUUCUAUCUCACAACAAAGCAAAUCCUAAUAAACCAAACCAGGGCUUGGUGUAAUGUGCAAACAUCACUGAGUAUUUCAUGAGCUCAUCUAGUUCGUUGUUUCCUAUGUUGACUGGCAGUGGCAUAACAGGAUUGUUAAUGAGUGGUUUUCUCCAGUCCUCCUGAAGACGCCAGAGAUUGAACAUAGAGAAUUUGGCAUGCACAACAUGGGUUCUGUCACCAAGCUACUACCAUCUCUGAUAAAAAGUCUGCCACAUGGAGCACAGGUUUGUUGUUAUAUGGCAGGGCUGGCUAGGAACCAAGGUUCUCCCUAUGGAACUAUCCAGCAUUGCAUAAUGUGUCCAAAAGGUCCCCAGGGGGAAAAAAAAAUCAAGAGCUAGCAAUCUGUUGGUGACCCACCCAUGGAUAAGGAGCACUUAUGCAUGUGGUUGUACUUUGGCCUACGUCAUCAUGUUCGUAUUCACCUGAAGAUUGUGAAAACAGAAUUGAAUGUAAAAUGACAUUGCACUUGUUCUGCUGGUAAGGCAGUACAGCAAUGCAUAUCUGCAUGAGUUAUCACACAUUGUCCAUGCAGUAGUGCAUUUCACUUGUUUUCUCACAGCGCUGCAGUUCAGUGAGGCAUAUUAAAUGUGUGAGUGUAUAUUGAAUCCGGUUAGUGACAUAUAUGUGAAUAAGCCAUGAGGAUUUUUUGCUAUGGCCAAAGAUGUGCAUACAGGCAGUCACCAGGUUAUAGACAAGAUAGGUUCUGUAAUUUGUUCUUAAGUUGAAUGUGUAUGUGAUUCAGAAGAGGCACUUUUAAAAGUAUAUCUCCGGAGAUAGACAGACAGACAGACAGAAGUUUUGGGUAGCAUGGGAAAGGUUUCACACCCCUGUGAUGUUGUUUUGCUGUCUGUGCCCCUGUUCAGAGGAUUUCAAUUCAUUUUUUGUCCCUGUGAUGAUUGGAUUUUGAAAAAAUUCCUUUUUGUGGAAACAAGGAUUGGUGAGAAAGCUUCAGUGGAGACAUCCUUUCCCCUUGAUAUGUCUUUCAGGAGUGAAUUUCUCUUCUGAGGGCUAGAUUUCUCUCACUUCUUGUUGUCUCAGAUCUGUUCUUAAAUAGGAGUUGUUUGUAAGUUGGAUGCUUGUAAUUGGGGGAUUGCUUGUAUAGCAUUAUGGCUGAAUUUUGCCCAACACCCAGUCAUUGAUAUGUAUUGUGUGACAUUGGUUUCUGUAUGGAGGUUGUGUGGUGCUGGCAGAGCCUGUGGAUAUUUGGGCAACACUGCGGAGAUGUUACAUUCCAGUUUGAUGGACUAUUAUGCCCAUGAAAAUAACUUAGAAAGCUGGAAGUCUACUUUCAGUUUUGGGUUCCUUCCAAAAUGUUUCAUACUGCAACCUAUUUUAAAAAGGAAAAUUGCUAUGGCUGGUGGCUUCCAAGAGAGAUGUCCACCUUUCUUUGUAUUUUGGGCCAAAGGAUCCCAUGAGCUUAGGUGAUGAAAGGCUGCAAAAACAGGGAAGGGGGCAACAUUUGGUCCCAAAGUGCUCGCUUGUCUAAGCCUGCUAUAUAUAGGGAGCACAUUUUGUGGGUGAACAUACUAAUGUGGAGGAGCACUGAGCUGGAGACCGAAAGGUCCCAGGUUCAAUCCCCGGGAGCGGCGUGAGCGGCCGCUGUUAGCUCCAGCUCCUGCCAACCUAGCAGUUCGAAAACAUGCCAACGUGAGUAGAUCAAUAGGUGCCACUCCGGCAGGAAGGUAACGGCGCUCCAUGCAGUCAUGCCGGCCACAUGACCUUGUAGGUGUCUAUGGACAACACCGGCUCUUCGGCUUAGAAAUGGAGAUGAGCACCAACCCCCAGAGUCGGUCACGACUGGACUUAACGUCAGGGGAAACCUUUACCUUUACUAUGGUUCAAAUAUGGUCUUGUUGCCAAUACAAUUUGGAAGGUGAGCUCUACUUAGGUAGGGCCAGGUACUUUUAGCUUGCUGCCAUUGUGAUUCGGGGAUGGCCCCUUCCACGUGGAUAAAUGUACAAGCACUUUUUAAACUCAUUUAUUAUUUUUCUUUUUAAAAAACCCUUCAUCCUCUCCCUUUUAAAUUAUGGUGUAGAAAAAAGGUCCCCCACAAGAGCAAAAUCCCCCCCCCCUUUGCGUGAAUGUCCUUCCCGCCCUCCCAUUCACUGUGAAAUAGCAGAUGGCUGGCGAGUUUGUACAGCAACAAAGUGACCUUUUGCUUUUGUUCAAAUGUUUUUUUAAAUAUAUAUAUAUAUAAUAUUUUUUUCUAUCAAUAGUAUCUACAAUAUCGAAUGAAAAGAAGCCCAGGCUGGGACUAAACAUUUUCUUUGCCCCUGUUCCUUUUCCCUUGAAAACUAAACUCUUCAGAUUUGGGAUUUUAUUUUCUUCCUUGAACACUCAGAUGAGGAAAAAGAAACUUGUCUCUCUUUUUUGUUUUUGUUGUUUUUCUUGGAAAGAAAAGAUGGCGACAAAAAGAUUUACAGAUGGGUUUGGCAUUUGCCCUUCCGGAGAAGGGAUGGCUUUUCUGACAGUGCUGCAGCUGGUAUUUUCAAGCAGGUUUGCCCCGGGAAAGUGUAGAGCAUGUUCCCCAGAAAUCAUGCAGGAUGGCUUUUGGCCAUGGUUUAGUACGCGUAGAAAGCUGAGACUACUAGGAAUUGAGUUGGCCUCAUCUCUGCUGCCCAAGAAAUAAAUGGUCCGGAUAAGGAUAGUACCCUUAUUACCCGACCUUUUCCCUAUCCACUUCUGACAAAUAGAUACUACUCCUUCACUGUCACCUGGGAAAUAAUUUUGGAUGUCAGGAGAGAAUACUUCUGGAACAUGGCCACACAGCCCGAAAGACAUACAACAACCCUGUGAUCCUGGCCAUGAAAGCCUUCGACAACACAAUUUUGGAUGUGUCACUGUAGCCAUGCAUUUGAGAGCUGUAUCUAUACAUGACACACUACCAAAGUCUUCAACAUAAUGUUCCUCAACAUGGUGGUCCAUAGACCUGUGCCAGUCUAUGACUCACCUCUUACUGAUUCUUCCCAGAGAAAAAAGAGACCGUUGUUGCCAAAGGAUAUAAAUAUGGUCACGGAUUCCCUGGCACAUUGGGAAAACACUCAAUCCUCCAUAUCAGGACCUUAAGAAGCACUGUUCUAAAAAUUUGACAGCUUUAGCUGUUCAGUUUUUUGAGCCUGCGCCUAAUCCUAGGUCUUGACUUGAGUGAAGCCUACACUAUGUCAACCACUAUGGAGUGUCCCUGAUAUUUUGGAGCUCCUUGCGGGUUAUUUCUGAGAGGAAUAAUGUAACUUUUGGUUGACAUGACUUGGUGACUUGUCUUUGGAGACAGAGUGAGAGAUAAAAGCCACUUUGGGUUGAUGGAGACAAUUCUCCAUGUCUGGAAAUUAAGAGGCUUUCAAAACUCUUAAUGUCCAAGUAGUAACCCUGCACCAAAACACUGCCGUCAUGGGGACAAAAACCUCAACAUCUCUCUGUGCCGCUACAAUGUCACCUUCCCUGGCUUAAUCUGCAUCAGACUGAAGGGUCUUAAAAUGACUAGGAGGAUCCUCAUUCCAUCAUGAAGUUUAUUUGGAGUCCUCUGGCAAAUCACGCAUUUGCUUUUUCUUACAGAACUGUUGUGAGGGUCAUAUGGAAUCACUCCCCUUGGAAGAGGGAUGGGAUAUAAUAAAUAAAUAAAUAAAGCAUAUGUUUCAUAGUGCUAUUGGUAGAUCUGUGCAACAUGAGUCAGGAGCACUUCCAGUUCAGCUGCAACUACUUUUGCCAUCUCCAAAGCUGCCUUGUCCGUCGGGGUGCAAGAGAUUUUUUUUCGUGUCAGGAGCAACCGGAGUUGCUUCCGGUGUGAGAGAAUUGGCCGUCUGCAAGGACGUUGCCCAGGGGACGCCCGGAUGUUUUUUGAUGUUUUUACCAUCCUUGUGGGAGGCUUCUCUCAUGUCCCUGCAUGGAGCUGGAGCUGAUAGAGGGAGCUCAUCCAUGCUCUCCCCGGGUGGGAUUCGAACCUGGCAGCCUUCAGGUCAGCAACCCAACCUUCAAGUCACAAGGCUUUUAUCCCCUAGGCCACCGCAGGCUCUGGUGCAAGAGAUAGGAAGUACAAAUGGGAUGCACUCCUCGCACUUGAUCAGAAAAUCCUCCCAACUGACUGUUUAAAUUUACAGGAGUGCACAAAGGCCCAACAGCACUUACUCAUCUUAGUGAGACUUGGCCAGGAGAAAUCCCAGCAGGAUGUGCUCCACUCAUUCAAUGCCACCCUCUCCCACUUUGCCCCUCCCUGAAUGGCAUCUUCUGCUUCAGACAGGUUCCUCAUCUUACUUGAGCAUGGCUUUGAAUUGAGGUUUCCUGCUUGUGGGAAUUACUGGGGCUGAAUUGGGAUUUUCAAGCUCACAAUAGAUAUGACUAUAUGUGGGCUGGGCUGUGGCGCAGCUGGUUAGUAGCCAGCUGCAAUAAAUCACUACUGACAUGAGAUCGAAGCCCGGUUGGACUGAGCUCCCGACCAUUAAUAGCCUAGUUCGCUGUUGACCUAAGCAGCUCAAAAGACAGUUGCAUCUGUCGAGUAGGAAAUUUAGGUACCGCUUUAUGCAGGGAGGCUAAUUUAACUAUUUUACGACACCAUAAAAAAAACUUCCAGCAAUGUGCGGAAAGGAAUGAAGAAGUACUCCAUCAAGGACUCGGUGUCACAAGUGAAUGAUGAAGCGGCAGCUCCCCCUGUGGUCGGAAUCGAGCAUACCUUCGUGAAGCCGAAAGCUGGAAAAUGUUAAAUUGCCGCUGUGUCUGUCUAUAUGUCACAUGUCUAAUGGCAUUGAAUGUUUGCCAUGUAUAUGUGCAUUGUGAUCUGCCCUGAAUCCCCUUCGGGGCGAGAAGAGCGGAAUAUAAAUACUGCAAAUAAAUAAAUAAAUAAAUAAAU